AUGCCGCCAGAUUCAGAUCACACGAAUGCCAAGGGAUCCCACUCAGGCAGCACGUUUGGUCUGAUUAUUGACAAUAAAGAUGUCAACUGCGGCGAUGUUUUUGAAGUUCUGGAUCCUAUCUCGCAGGCCCCAGUUCAUCUUGCCCCCGCGGCAGUCGAAGAGCAAGCAGUGGCAGCAGUAAAAAGUGCAGAUAUAGCCUUUGAGACAUGGCGCGACUCCACGCCACUGGAGCGACGAAGUCUAUUGCUCAAAGCAGCAGAGAUCCUUCAAAGCCGCAAGGAUGAGCUUGUACACGCGAUGGUGAGUGAGACCGGGGCGAAGGCAAGCUGGGCGGCAUUCAACAUCAAAACCGGCAUCGAGUUCGUACUCGAAAAUGCUGGAAUGACGACUCAGGUGAAAGGGGAGAUUUUGCAGAGCAACCACCAAGGUACUUUGGCUUUGGUCUUCAAAGAGCCCUGCGGAGUUAUUCUUGGAAUCGCUCCUUGGAAUGCUCCGAUAAUCCUUGGUAUCCGAGCAUUCAUCACACCUUUAAUCUGCGGCAACACAGUCGUCCUCAAAGCUUCCGAGGCAAGUCCUUACACCCAGUACCUUCUCGUCGACUCCUUCAGGAAGGCUGGGAUCCCGGAUGGAGUCCUUAAUUUUGUCUGCUGUCCGCGAUCCUCGGCUGCAUCUGUCACCGAGGCCAUGGUUAGUCAUCCGGCGGUCCAGAGAGUCAACUUUACGGGUUCAACUGCGGUUGGACGAAUUAUCGCGUCCAUGUGCGCAAAGUACCUAAAGCCAGUGGUCCUCGAGCUUGGAGGUAAAGCACCGAUGGUGGUUCUUGAGGAUGCGAACCUGGAGGAAGCUUGCCGAGCAGCAGCAUUUGGCGCCAUGAUGCACCAGGGCCAAAUAUGCAUGUCUACUGAGCGCGUCAUAGUUCAUAAAUCCGUCGCCGGCCGUUUCGCAGAACUCCUGGCACAAAAGGUCGGUAGUCUUGUUGCCGCAGAUCCACGAAUAGAUGGCGCAGCGGCUCUUGGACCCCUAAUUAAUCCCACCGCGGGCACGCGAGUCCAAGCGCUUGUAGAAGAUGCCCUAUCGAAGGGAGCUCAAAUCAGAGGCGGGAACUUCAGUGUGCAGGGCUCCAUCGUCCAGCCUUUGGUCUUGGAUGGAGUGCGCAAGGGCAUGGACAUCUAUUACCAAGAGUCGUUUGGCCCUGUUGUCACGCUGUUCGAAUUUGAGACAACAGAUGAGGCAGUGCGAUUGGCGAACGAUACUGAAUAUGGCCUGGUCUCGUCAGUGUACGGGGAGAAUAUCUACGAGGCUCUUGCGAUAGCCAGAAAGAUUCGCAGUGGCUCAUGCCAUAUAAACGGAGCAACAGUCCAUGACGAACCUCAUCUUCCUCUCGGGGGACAGAAGGCAUCGGGCUAUGGGAAAUUUGGAGGGACGGUAUGUAUUGACGAAUUUACGGAAGAUCGAGUUAUCACUAUAGGCACACAUGGACAGCAUUAUCCGUUCUAA